UGGAUUCUUUUUUUUUCCUUCUUCUUUUUCUAUUCGUUUUCAUUUUGUUUUGUUUGUUUGUUGUUGUUUCUUCUUUAAACGGUUUAUUGGAGAAAGAAAGGGUCGAACUCAAUCCCCCCACUCCGCUCUUGCUCCACUCCACGCGACCUCUAUCUUUCUGUGCUUCUGAUGAAGACCUGUGAAUGUCAUAACGUGUUAUCUAAUUAUUUAAAACUACAAUGGGAGAGCCUUCUCCUCCAGAGUGACCGAAUGCUAUUUUAUAUCCUUUCAUUGGUGCCAAUUUGCAAAUAGAUUAAAUCAUAAGCGUUGAUGUAGGCCUGAACCCGUACAAACAAACCGGCGGCGGGUGAGCUCCACCCCUACCCCCACCCGGGGGUACUCCCUUAUAUGGGCUAUAUAGGCAUGCACAAAGGGUGUGUUUUUUUAGCCGCUUUGUAUAUUAUUUUGAGAAGAAGCUACUUUUUUCAUCAUUAUCGAUACGGCCAUUGCCUUUAACAUCGGUCUGAACUAGCAAACUAAUUAUAAAGCGAGUCUGAAACAGGGUUUGCUCUUGAAUAGGGAAUCGAAUUUUUGGUCAGGUCAUAAAUAGGGAAAAAUCGCCAAUUUUGGUCUUAAAUAAGAGUAAGGAUUUUCGCACACCCCCACUCAAGUAUUGGUGCCCAAGCCCUGAUACUCCUAAAAAGAUAAAAGCAAACAAAUUCAAUCUUCCGAAGAAGCUGCAUGCCUUCAACCAGUGUCUUUCGCAAAUUGAAGGAGUGGUAAGCCUGUGAACAAGAUUUUACGAAAACGGGGCGCGCGUGGCCUGUAGGAUGAAAAGAUUUCAUGAUGCGUGACGAGUGGUAAAAACACAAGUAGUUCGUGACGCAUGAAGUCUGUGAAAACAUUGUGGUGAAUUUAUGAAUUUAUUUAUCGGCGUAAAAAUAAAUAACAAACGUAUCACAAAGAGGAGAGAUUCAACACGUUUUGAAAACAAGCAAAUGUCUUCACCUUGAUAUUAUUUCAGGCUUUUAACGUAACCAUUGUAACCAUUCUGCUGCAGUUGGCGAACUAGCGAUAUUUUUGUGCCGAUGUGUUGCGUGACCUACACUUCUAUUUCAGACGUACAAACUACUGACGGGCAUAAUAUAUUUAAUAGUAUGCACAUAGAUCUUUUUAUAGUACUUUAGCAAAGUUGCCCGAUUAUCCGUUUCGUGACUCACUUGGUUAAUGAAAGCUAAAACGGCUUAUUUAAUCUGCAAAUUGCUAUGACCACCUAUUCAGUUUUCGCGUCCUUGCUCUACUUCUUAGCGCUGUCAUUCUUCCCUUUUCGUCGAUACUCAGUCGCCUCCACGAUCGUGACUACGACUUAUGGACCUGUCAACGGGUCUGUGAUAUCACUGUCAACGAACAAGACUGUUAUAACCUACCUCGGGAUACCUUUUGCCAAAGCGGAACGUUUUGAAUACCCGGUUCCGCCAGACGAUUGGACUUCAACAUUGCAAGCAAACAGGAUUGACAAGAUUUGUCCUCAGCCGAACCUGCGUCCUAACAAACUCCCUCUCAUGAGCGAAGAAUGCCUUCUGCUAAGUGUGUACGUCCCUGCUAAUGCGAGAAGCAGUUCUGCUCUUCCAGUGAUGUUGUGGAUUCAUGGUGGCGCCUUUAUUUUGGGUGAUACUUUAGGCUACGACGGCAGCGUGCUGGCAACUGAGGGAAAUGUGAUUGUCGUCACAGCUGCUUAUCGUUUGGGAGUUUUUGGAUUCUUGAGCUCGAACAGCGAUAAUCUCAAAGGAAACUACGGCAUGCUGGAUCAGAUAGAAGCCAUGAAAUGGGUGAACAAAAACAUUGAAAGGUUUGGAGGGGAUCCUAACAAAGUCACCAUAUUUGGUGGAUCGGCCGGUGGCAUGUGCGUUGCCUUGUUAAUGCUGUCUCCAUUGGCCAGCGGUCUGUUUCAAAACGUCAUCAUGCAAAGUGGAACAGCUGCAGCUAUUUCUUCAGCGAUGGAGAGAAAUGAGGCCGAUGUACGAGCAAGGAGUUUUGCCGAAGCAGUGGGAUGUGAAAUAAAUUCACUGAAAGCAUGCGUGAAAACGAAAUCUACUCAAGCAGUUUUGGAUGCACAGUUACAAGUAUUUUCAAAUCCAAUUUUGUUGUCUUUUGGACCAGUUGUGGACGGAUAUUUCCUACCAGAUUCUCCUGUUAAACUACUUCGAGCCGGCAAGUUCAACAGAAGCAACAUCAUCGUGGGAGUGGCAAAGGAAGAUGGCUCAAUUUUUAUCACUGGUGUUAAAGGUGUCAUGAAAGGCGUCAAUAUUUCCAACGGCAUGCCAAGAGCUUUGUUCAAACAGGAGAUUAGUAAACGAACUUGGCUUCGAAAUCAAGACUCCCAAGUGCUCGAGCUGCUCGUCUAUGAGUACACCGACUGGUCGAAUGCCACCGAUCCCUUUUUACUACGACAACAGUUCAUCGACAUAAACUCGGAUGCAACGUUUAAAGCUCCUGCAAUCAAGUCAGCCAAAGCAUUCGCAAAGAAACAAUCUCCCACUUACUUUUAUCAGCUUGAAAUAGCACCCAGGGUAUACCCUGCCAUUCCAUUCCCUACACCGCCCUGGUUAGGAGUAUAUCAUAGAGCAGAUGUGUUUUACACUUUUGGCGACCCACUUGUAAUGGCUGAGAAUCUCAAAACUGCCGCUGAAAUCCAACUGAGCAAGGAUAUUAUGACGUUGUGGAGUAAUUUCGCCAAAACAGGAAAUCCAAACAAACCGACGCCUGUAGGUGUGACUUGGCCCCAGUACACAGCUGACCGAGAAGGGUACCUAGGACUGAGUCCAAAUUUGACAGUAAGAUUUAAGAUGCGUGCAGACAAGAUGGCGUUGUGGAAUGAGCUUCUACCAAGUAUUGGAGAAACACUCAAACCCACUACAUCAAGUCAAAUACCGACGACAUCAACUAAAACGGAAGGUGGAAAAGGUAUUAAUUAUAUAACGUUGAGCUAAAAAUCUCAGAAAACUGCGAAAUUCGUGGAUUAAAUUAAUAGGAAAUGUAAAUUAGGUUUUAGCGAAUCGUUGUCGAAGCGCGCUGAAGGAUUUCCUACUUCAGAUCUUCAGUCUGAACGUUUUCUCGCUAGUAUUACAAUGUAUGCCAUGAAGACAAGAUUCAUUAUCGUAGUUAUACACACAACUUA